AGACAGACACCGUGUGUCUGCAACUGCAAGGAAGGAAGGGCCACAGUGCAGAGAGAAGAGAGUGUAAGCCACACUGCUUUCGGGCAGAAAACGCUUCCUUCCUAAAGAGGCUGCCGUCUUCUUCCUUCUCGUUUUUUAACCUCGACGGCGAGGUGACCUUCUGCAGCAUGGAGCGCUUCACGGUUGCCGCCGAUCGUGGCCUCCCUGUCCUCGACAUCAAGGAGAUCCCACCUUCCUAUUCUCCCAUCUCCACCAACCCCCGCCUUCGAGACGCUUCUUUCUCGUCUUUUCUUGCUUCCGACCUACCCAGACCCGUGAACUCCAAACUCAGUUCCGACCCUUCUCAUAGGAAGACCACCCAACCGGAGACGGACGGGCGCCCAAGUGAGGACCUGGAGAUAAGCAUAUUCGGAGCUGAGAAGUACUACAGCGGCAGCCCUGGACGCGUGGGACUACCUAAGAUGCCGCCGGAGAAGGACGCGUACCUCUGGAACGCCAAACUUGGGCGGAACGGAGGAUUGUCGGAGUUUCUUCCUGGACCGAAUGCGAACAGGGCGUCUUCCGUCUCGUCGGUCGAAGGGUACGAGCGGAAUUACCGCUGCACCCCUACGGCAUCCUCCGAGGCCAGUUGGAACAGCCAAUCAGGUCUGUUGAAGAACCCUCCCGGUUCGAUCCGGCUCUCGGUGAGGAAUCUGCGGCCCCGCGAUAAGAAGCCGGCGAGCGGCUCCGGGAGGUGGCGGUUCGGACGGCAAUGCCCCUGCAUCUGCAAGAAAUCCAUCGCCGUCGAGGAGAACUGCGCCAGCCCCUCAAGGCUUUCGUCCGUGCCGAAUAGUCCUUUGGCAGCUAGGAAGCAAGCCGUCGAGGACGAGCCGCGGAAGCCCGUCAUCUCCGUCGAAUCUCUUGCCCCUCCAAGGACGCCGAAGAUGACUGUGGUUGCUGGCAUGCCGACUCCAGGCGACAAUUUCGGUCCGUAUGCUCCCGACAUCUGCUACCGCACGGAAAUCGGCCGCCAGAUGAAUUGCUCUGGCGGAUCCUUCCUCGGGGAAGAGCCUCCCUUCUCCUUCCCCGUCCUUCAGGUCAACGGGCGGACCACCGCAGCUCCGCUGGACGAUCCGCAACGCGAUUCCAUCGACGUUUACAGCCCCAAGGAGCCAACCCGGCGUCUGGUGAAUCUUACGGCCCAAAGCCCGCGCGGCGGCGUGACCUUCCCGGUCGCCCGCGACGACGAUUGCGGGAGCGACUCCAGCUCGGACCUCUUCGAGAUCGAGAGUCUGUCGACCACCGCCACGUCGACGUGCCCGAUAUACCGCAGGCGCGACUCCUUGGAUGACCUGGCAAAUGUGGCGGUGGCAUGCCGAGGGAGCGGGACCUUGCAGCUCCGGCGAAGCCUGGACGGCACAUCUACCCCGCCGGUAGCACCCAGCGAGUGCUACGCACCCAGUGAGGCCAGCGUGGAGUGGAGCGUCACCACCGCCGAGGGGUUCGAUCAGGCGAGCUGCGCGAACUUCUCUUCGGCCGUGUCGGAGUUCGGUGAGGCCGCCAUUGCCCGACCGGAUACGGCUAGGCCGCCUGCGGCUCUGCCCUGGCGGGGAGGCGACCUGCUGGGUUGUCGGCGAGUGAAGUCGGUCAGCGUUGCCGUGCCGCAGGCCAAGUGCGCGCCGGAGACGCGACCGAGGCCGCCCCUGCCUUUCCCUAUGGAGGCGGCCCGCGAAGCAGGGGCGCCGGUGCGGCUGGAGAUCCGUGCGCCAGAGAUCAAAAUCAUGCACGUGCCGGAGAAGAGGCCACUGGCACGGCCUCGUGCCACCGCGUUUCCUCAUGCCCUUGCAGCGCGUGUGGUGAGUUGAGAGUCGGCGAUGCUUCCUACCGGAGGUCAGGUGAUCAGGUCAGGGUGGACCGUGAAAUGACUCGGGAAAAUUAAAGUGUAUAUUCGUCGGUAGGUCUUAGUUUAGUUAUAAACUUGUUCGUCUUCUCGUUGUAAUUAAUAUUACUUUCUCAAUCUUCUCCUCUCCCUUGCGUUCGGUGAGUCUCUCCGUUUCUCCUCCUUCAAUACAUACUGCAGUCGUCAAUUGCACA